AUGUCUGAUAUUAAAAAUUGGGUAUGGGUACCAAAUGAUACAGAUAUAUUUGUCAAGGGAUAUGUUUUAGAAUAUCUAGAUAAUAACAAAGUCAAAGUUAAAAUCAAUCAUCAAGAAAAAAUCAUAGAUCAAAAUUUGUUACAACCAUGUAACCCUACCCAAUUUGAUAAAUGUAAUGAUAUGGCAGAAUUAACCCAUUUAAAUGAAGCUUCAGUCAUACAUAAUUUAUUACUUCGGUAUCAAGAUGAUUUAAUUUAUACAUAUUCAGGUUUAUUUUUAGUUGCAAUUAAUCCUUACAAAUCACUACCAAUUUAUAAUUCAGCAAAAGAUUACUAUAAAAAUAAUAAUAAUCCACCACAUAUUUAUUCUAUUGCGGAAAAUACCUUCAAGAAUUUAUUAAGUAAUAGAAAAGAUCAAAGUAUAUUAGUUACUGGUGAAUCAGGUGCUGGUAAAACUGAAAAUACUAAAAAAAUUAUCCAAUAUUAUUCAUCAAUUAAAGAAAAUGAAAAUAAUAUAGAUGUGAAGAUUCUACAAGCUAAUCCUAUAUUGGAAAGUUUUGGUAAUGCAAAGACUAUAAAGAAUAACAAUUCUUCAAGGUUUGGUAAAUUUAUUAAGAUUUUCUUUGAUGAGACGGGGGAUAUUACAGGUGCAAAUAUAGAUUAUUAUUUAUUGGAAAAAUCAAGAGUUGUAUCGCAGGCAAAGAAUGAGAGAAACUAUCAUAUAUUUUAUCAGUUCCUUAAAGGGUAUGAGAAUUUAUCAGAUUUGGGAUUGAAUAAAGAUUUAUCAACUUAUAAAUAUUUGAAUAAUGUUAGUAUAAAUGUUGAUGACUUUAAGGAGUUUAAUUUAUUAGUUGAAGGAUUUAAAAUUAUGGAAUUUAGUAAGGACGAAAUCAAUUUCAUUUAUCAAAUUUUGGCAGUUGUGUUACAUUUUGGUAAUCUUGAUUUUAUUUCAUGGAAAAGUGAACAAGCAAAUUUUGCAAAAAAUUCACCAGUUGAUAAAAUAGCUGAUUUGUUAGGAAUAGAUAAAUCUAAAUUAGUUGAGAACUUGAUAAAGCCUAAAGUAAAGGCUGGUAGAGAAUUUGUUACAAAAUCAAAAAAACCAAAUGAAGUUAAAUUUACAAUUGAUGCAUUUGCAAAAUAUUUAUAUGAGAAAUUAUUUCAAUUUAUUAUAAAUAAAAUUAAUCAAAGUUUAAAUGGACAAGAAGGAAACUCUAUUGGAGUUUUGGAUAUUGCUGGGUUUGAGAUUUUUGAUAUAAAUUCAUUUGAACAAUUGUGUAUUAAUUAUACCAAUGAGAAAUUACAACAAUUUUUUAAUCAUCGUUCAUUUAUAUUAGAACAAAGUGAAUACCUUAAAGAGAAUAUUCAAUGGGAAUUUAUUGAUUUUGGUCAAGAUUUACAACCUACUAUAGAUUUAAUAGAAACUAGACAACCAAUGGGAAUUUUAAAGUUAUUAGAUGAAGAAUGUUUAAUGCCAAAAUCGUCAGAUAAAUCAUUCAUGGAAAGAUUAAGUUCUAGUUUCAAAAAGAAUCAUAAAUUCUCAGAAAAUAAGUUUAAAAGUGGAUUCGUUAUACAUCACUAUGCUGGUAAUGUUGAAUAUAAUGUUGAAAAUUGGUUACAAAAAAACACUGACCCCGUCAGUGAGAAUAUGCUUAGCUUAUUAACUGAAUCAAAAAAUCCAUUCAUUGCAGCAUUAUUUGAAGAACCACCAAAAUCAAAAGUAAAAACUGCAUCACAAAAGCAUAAAGAUCAAUUAAAGGAAUUAAUGAAUCAAUUAGAGUCUACUGAACCACAUUUUGUAAGAUGUAUAUUACCAAAUUUGGAAAAAAAGGCCAAUAAAUUUGAUAAAAACUUGGUGCUUAAUCAAUUACGUUGUAAUGGUGUUUUAGAAGGUAUUAGAAUUACAAGAGCAGGUUAUCCAAAUAGAAUGAUGUUUGAUGAAUUUUUAACAAGGUACUCAAUUAUAAGUGAUGAAGUAUUUACAAAGAAUUCAAAGAGUAAUUGUGAAAUUAUACUAAAAUGUUUGGACCCAGAAACAUAUAGAGUUGGGCUAACUAAAAUUUUCUUCAAAAAUGGUAUCCUUGGUCAAUUAGAAGCAACAAGAGAUUUGAAAUUGAAGGGUAUUUUUACUGAUAUACAAAGAGUUAUUAGAGGUAAUUUGAUACGUAAGAAUGUCAGACAAGAAAUUAAAAAAAUACAAUCAGCUACGUUAAUUGCAAAAAGUAUGAAGAAAAUAAAUGAAGCUUCACCAUGGAUGGAAUUAUUCUUUCAUAUCAAGCCAUUAUUAGAAGAUUCAGUAAAGGAUUUAGAUUCAAAAGAAAUCCAAAAUUUGACAAUUAAAUUAAAAGAUUCAGAAAAUCUACAGAAAGGACUAGAAAAGGAUAAUGAAAAAUUAAGAAGUCAAUUGAAUAAAUUAGAAAAUGAAAUUAUAUCAACUACAAGUAUGAUCAAAGAGAAGGAAUCAAUUGUUGCAAGAUUAAAAGGUGAUGAAAAUAAAUCAAAUAAAAAGUUUACAAAUCUUGAAAUUAAAUUUAAAGAUUUACUAGUUUUAAAUGAUGAAUUGAAAGAUCAACAAAAGAAAUUGACAAGCAGAUCUUUGGAAUUACAUGAUAAAAAUGAAGCGAAGGCAAUGGAAUUAACUAGUUUAAAUGAGAAACUUGCUGAUGUUACAAAUGAAUUGGAAUCACAUAAAUCGAAACUUGCUGAUGUAACUAAUCAACUAAAUUCACACAAAUCAAAGCUUUCUGAUGUUACAAAAGAAUUAAAUUCUCAUAAAACUCAAUCAAAAGAAUUAUCACAAAGUGAAGCUUCCUUUAAAGAAAAAUUAGCUCUUCAUGAAUCAAGUAAAGCUAAAUAUGAAGCUAAAAUUGACGAAGCAAAAGAGAAAAUUACAGCACUUAAACAAAAAGUUGAAAAGAAAACUGCUGAAUUAUCACAGUCAAAGAAGGAAAUAAUCGAUUUGAAAGCUGAAAUAUCGUCAUUGAAAGGUGAAAUUGCUAGUUUUAAAUCUGAAAUCUCCACGUUACAAAACAAAUUAAAAGAAACUGAGGAAGCUGCUUCAUCUAAACAAGAAAUUGAAUCAGCGCAAUUACAAAUUCUUCAAAAAGAACAACUUACCAAAGCUCAAGAAUAUAAACAAAGAAUCAGUCAAUUGAACUCACAAAUUUCCAACUUACAAGAAGAAUUAUCAAAUAAAGAAAAUUAUGAUCCACAAUUUAUUGAAGAAUUUACUCAUAUGAAAUUUAAACUUAAUGAAAAUGGUGCUGCUCUUCGUAAAGAGAAAUUUGAAAAUAAAAAGUUGGUGGAAGAAUUACGAAUUUUAAAAGAACGGAUUAUGAACGGUUCUUUAACAUCAAGUGACUUAACGCCAAAAAGAAGAUCAUUAGCAAUAGGUGAAAGAAAUAUCAUAGGUACAGUUGACAAUUUAAAUAAAGAAAUUAAUGAAUUAAAAUUACAAUUACAACAAGAGCAAGGUAAUUUUCAAAGAGCUGAAAAUUAUGCAAUUGAAUUACAAAAGAAACUAAAUGCAAUACAAAGUACAAGAGGUUUAAAUUCAAACGAUGAUUAUGAAAAGAAAUUUAAAGAAGCACAAACAAGAAUAAAUAAACUUGAAUCAAAAAUUGAAUCUUUAAUUACUGAUGGUCCAACCCCUGAAACAUUGUCAAGAAGUGAAAGUUUUGGUAUGCUUCCAUUAAGAGGUGUAAGUCAAGAUUUUGUACAAAUAUAUCAAGAUAUAACAAAGACAUUGAAAUUGACAAGAGAAGAAUUGGGUACAUCCAAAUCUGAAAUAUUAAGGCUCAAAUCACUUCUUCGUGAAAGCGAAGAAGAGUUAUACCAAGUUAAACAACAUAAUUUUAAAACUAGUGUAAAUGAUUAUGAACAAGACUUAGCACAAAUCAAGGUUAAGUAUGACAAUUUAUUAACUAAAAAUGAUGAUUUGUCCACCAAUUUAGAAGUUUUCAAGAAAAGAUCAGAAGAAUAUUUUAAAAAAUUAGAAUUGGCAGAAUCUGCAGUUACAAUUUCAAAACGUCAUGAAGAAAAUGCAAUUAAAGAAAUGAAAGAAUAUAAAUCACAACUACUUUUAAUAAAGGAAGAAUUGAGAACUAGUCAAAUUUUAAUUAAGGAUUUUAGACAAAAGACUGGAAAAUUAGAAGAACAAACACAAGAAAAGAAUCAUGAGAUUGAGAGGGUGAAGCAAGAACUACAGGAAACAAAAGAUAAAUUAGAUUACCAUGUGAAGAACUAUGAAAAUAAAGAAGCAAAUGAACAAUUGAAGGAGGAAAUUAGAAAUUUGCAUAAAGAUUUGAAUUUUAAAACUGAGAAAGAAACUGUAUUAAUCAAGGAGAAUAAGAAACUUGAAUUGGAUCUUGAAGAAACAAUCCUAAUCAAGAACAAUUUUGAAAAACAAUUAGAAGAAGCUGUUUUGAAAGAAGAAGAACUUGAAAAUACCAUCCUUGAAUUUACUGAUAAAACAAGAACAUUGGAAAAUGAAAAAAUCAUAAAUGAAAGAAGAAUCAACAACUUCAAUAAACAAGUUUCUGGUCUUAAAGAAUUGGUAGAUGAUAUAUCAACACAAAGAGAUAAAUUAUUAUCAGAAAAGGAAGAAUUAGAUGAUAAACUAUUCAAAUUAAAUUUAAAUUAUGAUAAUAAAUCAACAGAAUUAGAUCAAACAAAAUCAGAAUUAACCUUUCUCAAAAAACACUUGGAAAAUCAAAAACAAGAUUCAGAAGCAAUACAAAAAGAAUUAAAUCAAAGUAAAUUAUCAUCAACAUCAGAUUAUAGAGAUCAACAAAAAUUAAGAAGUGAAUUAUUAGUUACCAACCAAGAAAAUUUUUCGCUAAAAAAGACAAAUAAAGAAUUGAAUAAAAAAGUUACAAACCUUGAAGAGAAAUUAUACUCCAAUGAACAACUUAAUUAUUGGGAAGAUAAAUGUAAAUCAUUAAAUAAUAAUAUUGAUACCCUUAAUAAUGAAAAAUAUGAACAAGAAAAGACUAUAAAAACAUUACAAAGAACAUUAAAAUCUUUAGAAAUACGAGUUGAAAAUGAAUCUCAAUUAUCAAAGAAAUAUAAUGAUGAAAACUUUGAUUAUCAAAAUAAGAUCAAUCAUUAUAAAAGUACAAUUGAUAUUCUACAUAAUGAAAAUGUUGAUAAAGAGUUACAAUUGAAAUCAUUUGAAAGAGAAAACAACGAAAUGAAGGAAAGUAUGUUAUUAUUACAAAAGGAACUUUUAGAACUACGUCAGAAUAUACAUUAG